UGGAGCACCGUACCAUGCUAUGGUAAUUGCUAUAUAUAAAACCACUCUACUCUAAUCUACUCUAAUAAUUAAUCAUCCGCAAAUUAAAUCCAACGGGAAUGGCUGCUGCACUCAUUUCUUCACUCCCGCACCCGCACCCGCACCCGCUCCUCCUCAUCAUCUUCUUCUUCAUCCUAAUUUCAUCAAUUGUAGCUGCUCUCGCUUCCUCCUCCUCAUUUGAUGAUUCCCUAAUCCACGAAGAUGAUCGUGAUGGUGGUGGUCUGGUCUCCGUCUCCGUCUCCGUCGAGCAGCUGGCCUUCCUCUCCCGAAACGUGGCCGGGGAGGUCCCUCCCGCCAUCCUCACCAAACUCUCCCCGAUGACCGCGCACGACUCCGCCCGCUACGCCCUCAACCCUGAUCUCAUGACCCCCGGUCCCGGUGAUCAUGAUGCAAAUAAUAAUAAUAAUGACGACUUCUGCUCGCUCGCCCACCUCGCCUGCGCAUCCGCAUUCCACGACAGCGCCAAGACCGUGACCAACACUUACACCACCACCAAGACAUACGCCACUCCACGGGCGGCCGCACUCAACAGCAACAACAAGGUCAAGGAGGACCCCUUCUCCUUCUUCCGGCGGUCGCUGCUCAAGAGCGGCAACCGCAUCCGCCUCCCGGACCUGCACGAGUCCCUCCCCGACCGCUCCUUUCUGCCCUUCCCCUUGGCUUCCAGGAUCCCCCUAAACUACAGCGCCCUCCUCAGGAUAUUCCCGGCCUUAUCAUCGGAAUCCAGCAUUAAUCUGGAUGCACUGGUGCGGAACACGCUCGCCUACUGCAGCGCCCCCCAGAUUGCGGGCGAGACCAAGAGCUGCCCGACAUCCUUGGAGGAACUGGUUGGAUUCGCCAAGUCCUCGCUGCUGGGAAAUGGAAAUCUGGGAAAGAUCGUGGGGUUGGCGUCCAAGAACAUGGACGCCAAAGGAUUGGGAGAUGAGGUGGUGGUCGGUGAGGUCAAGGAGUACGAGGGCGUCGACAACAAGAUUGUAGCAUGCCACGAGGCCUUUCUCCCCUUCGCCGCCUACUUUUGCCAUUCCCUGAGCUCCACCAAGCUGUAUGGGGUGGAGAUAUUAGUAGUUGAUGAUGCUGCUGGGGAGAUAAUGAAGAAGGCGAGCAAGAGCACAAGCGCAAUUGAUAAUACUACUGCUGCUGCUGCUGCGACGAUGUUGGCGAUAUGCCACAUGGACACGUCGGCGUGGCCCAAGGAUCACGUGGCCUUCAAGAUACUCAAGACUGGGGCGGGCCAGGGCGAGGCGUGCCACUGGUUCACCAUGCUCGACGUUGCAUGGAUCGCCGCGCACUAGCUAGCUACCUCUCUCAUCUCAUUAAUCAAUAUCCAAUCAAUAGUAGUGUGCCUAUGCUGUGCUAUGCCAUGAAUGUUGAAUAAAUUGUGUGUGUUGUUGUGCUUCUUCCUUUCCCUUAGUUAUAAUAUUA